UCAAUCCACUGUCGUUUUGUUCACAUUCAUUUUAAAUUUAGUAUGUAAAAUAAAAAGCAAUAGUAUCAGCAGUUGAAGCAUCACCAAAAUGGGACCCAAGCCGGAGCCUCUUCCAAUUUUUGUAUUUGACGUAAUUAUUACGAAAUUGGAGGCCACUGACACAAAGAUCACAAAUCCAUCAAAGCUGGAAAUUAUUGGAAAUUUCUUUAAGACAGCAUUCGAGAUGUCUCUCGAGCAGAUUAAUGUCACUGAUUUCAAAAGCGGUUGCAGCUUAGAGUUCCAAAAGGAACCAAAGGAGAUCCGCAAGAAUGUAACAAAUACCGGCUUAACCUUUAAGGUAACAUACAACAAAAAGGUGAUUGGCAGCAGCCAGGCUUUUUUUCCACAACAUUUACUGGACACCUUAGACCGAGAUAUGACGGAUAUUAUACAUUCGGAUUUGGUUGACAUUGUUCGAGGCGGCGAAGUAACAGGGAAGCUAGAAUACCUAGCUCGGAUUGUCAUUAAAUGCGUGGGUGAGACGGAACCGGAUUGCUGGCCAAAUAUGGGAAAAUAUAUUGCUCCCCAGGACAUUAUGUUUUUGAUAGGACCCCUUGAUCUUUGUCCAAUUCCCUGUGAACGUUGUUCGGAUGUGAUUGAAGACGAAGAAGGUGACGAACGGCUUCGGCUGGACCUGUCGCGAUAUCAAAGUCGGCUGCCGAAAAAAGGCUUACCCAUAUACCAGCGAAAAAAAAGUCAGACAUGACUCAGCUAAAAAAUAGUUUAAAAAAAUGCCAGUUUGCUGAAAUACCUUAAAAACUACUAUAGGAAUUGAAGCGAUGGCGAGGGUCCCAUCAAAACAAAACAAUUGUGCUAAAACUUGUAACACUUCAACCACUACAAGUUUCUAAAAUAAAAUAGAUCUGCCUUUUUAAAA